GCUAUGAGACAGUGACUAAAAGCAGGAUUCCAUUCAGGAAUGUUCUAUGGAAUUACUGUCCUCCCACCCACCUGCAAAAGUAUUGGGAUCCUGAUUCUGCAGAGGCUACUGCAGCUUUUCACGUUCCGUUUGACUGGUGCAGCUGGCCCGUGCAGGUGGCGCGCGAACAGGGACCUGAAUAUGAGGGACAACGUGAGGAACCCCACCAGAAAGGCUGCAGUGACAACAGAAUAAUGAGAGGAAGUCGUGUCAACGCAAGAUGCGUGGCCUUGAUCGUGUAGAUCUGAUCUGGGGAGAAUCCGUGAAUUCUUCACAUCUUCGCUGCAUUCCGGCUCCUCCGACCGCGUCCCUCACCUUGUAAAACUGGCAGGCUCUGGACAUUUUGCUUGCUGAAGAAAAUCACUGUUUCGCCUCCAGCAAGGAACGUAAAUGUUGCAACCCUGACUCCUCCUCUAAUGAAGAAAGAGUGGACAAGUGCACCGAGUUGAGCUGCUGCUCGCAGAAGCCACCGGGCUGCCCACGGAAGCUGAAAGCCCCAGACAGCACUGCUCCUGGGCUGGGCUUCCCGCCCUGGCCUUUCUGUCGUACUAGCUCUUCUCCCCCUCCUUUCUGGAUUUUACCGGCUGUUCGCGAAACAGCUUUCCACACAAUGGAUCUCCACGUCCCAGCGCAGCAAGUGCUCACGGCCUGAUACGGCAGAUCUUGCUCGCCAGCAAAAAAUGAAAUGUCAUCUUUGAAGAACCCCAUCAAAGAAGGGAAGUAAAUCCGCACAGCUGAGCAGAGUUGAAGGCAGAACUGAGCUCUGAGCUCUGGCCCCUGUGGGUAUAAUAUUCAUCUGCUCUGUCCCAAGGACCACACAAAGGAUCUGUGCAGACUUCAGUCUACAGAACUCUACUCCUAUUCAUGGAGGAAAACACAAAGUAUGCUUUGCACAUGAACCCUGAAGUGAAUCUCUGAUACAUUCCCUGGAGCAAGAAAAGGGAGUCAACAUGAAGGAAAAUGUGGCAUCCAUGAUUGUCUUCCUCCUGCUACUUUUUCUCAACAUUCGUCUUCUGAAGGGGCAGUCACCUCCUGGAAAACCUUUCAUCUUCAAAUGCCGCUCUCCUGAGAAGGAAACAUUCACCUGCUGGUGGAGGCCUGGAGCAGACGGAGGACUUCCUACCAAUUACACACUGACUUACCACAAGGAAGGAGAAACAAUCACUCAUGAGUGUCCAGACUACAAGACCGGUGGUCCCAACUCCUGUUACUUUAGCAAGAAGCACACCUCCAUAUGGACGAUAUACAUCAUCACAGUGAAUGCCACCAACCAGAUGGGAAGCAGUGUUUCGGAUCCACGUUAUGUGGAUGUGACUUACAUAGUUGAACCAGACCCUCCUGUGAACCUGACUUUGGAAGUAAAACAUCCAGAGGACAGAAAACCCUACUUGUGGGUAAAGUGGCUUCCACCUACCUUGGUUGAUGUGAGAUCUGGUUGGCUCACACUACAGUAUGAAAUUCGAUUAAAACCUGAGAAAGCAGCUGAGUGGGAGACUCAUUUUGCUGGGCAGCAGACACAGUUUAAGAUUCUCAGCUUAUAUCCAGGACAGAAAUACCUUGUCCAGGUUCGUUGCAAGCCAGAUCACGGGUUCUGGAGUGUGUGGAGCCCUGAGAGCUCCAUUCAGAUACCUAAUGACUUUACCAUGAAAGAUAUAACCGUGUGGAUCUUUGUGGCUGUUCUUUCUACCAUCAUCUGUUUGAUUAUGGUCUGGGCAGUGGCUUUGAAGGGCUAUAGCAUGGUGACCUGCAUCUUUCCACCAGUUCCUGGGCCAAAAAUAAAAGGAUUUGAUACUCAUCUGCUGGAGAAGGGCAAGUCUGAGGAACUCCUGAGUGCCUUCGGAUGUCAAGACUUCCCUCCCACUGCUGAUUGUGAGGACUUGCUGGUAGAGUUUCUAGAAGUGGACGACAGUGAGGACCAGCAGCUGAUGCCAGCCCACUCAAAAGAACACUCCGGUCCAGGCAUGAAACCCACAGACCUUGAUCCUGACAAUGACUCUGGCCGGGGAAGCUGUGACAGCCCUUCCCUUUUGUCUGAAAAGUGUGAGGAGCCCCAGGCUAAUCCGUCCACGUUCCAUACCCCUGAGGUUAUUGAGCAGCCAGAGAAGCCCAAAGCAAAUGUCACCCACACUUGGGACCCCCAGACUAUAAGCCUGGUAGGCAAAAUGCCCUACCUGAGUGUCAAUGGGUCCAAAUCUUCAACAUGGCCUUUACUGCAGCCCGGUCAGCACAACACAAAUUCUCCUUACCACAACAUUGCUGACAUGUGUAAGCUGGCCACUUCACUGGACAAAAUAGACAAAGAUGCUUUACAAUCCUCCAAAACCACUGAGGCUGCAGGGGAGGAAAAGGCAACCAAGCAGAGAGAAGUGGAGAGCUCUCAUUCCAAGGCUGAGCAAGACACAGGAUGGUUGCUGCCCAAAGAGAAACCCCCCUUUAUCUCUCCAAAGCCGCUGGAUUAUGUGGAGAUUCACAAGGUCAAUAAAGAUGGAGCACUAUCAUUGCUACUGAAACAGAAAGAGAAUGGUGACCAGACUGGGAAGGCUGGGACCCCUGAAACCAGCAAGGAGUACGCUAAAGUGUCCAGGGUUAUGGAUAACAACAUCCUGGUGUUAGUGCAAGAUCCAGGAGCUCAAAACGUGGCUUUGUUUGAAGAGUCAACCAAGGAGGCUCCGCCAUCACCUUCUCAGAACCAAGCUGAGAAAGACCUGUCCAGCUUCUCCACGGCCCCAAGCGACUGCAGACUCCAGCAGGGGGGGCUGGAUUACCUGGAUCCUGCAUGUUUCAUGCACUCCCUUCAUUGAUAGCUUGACUCAUGGGAUGAUUGGUUCAAAUGUGAUUUCCUUUCAGGUAACACUACAGAGUCCAAGAAAUAUGGUCUACUAGUGUGUGCUCGAGAAUGUGUUUAGAAUGACGCUUACUCAAGCUCACGGUUUGCUCCUUUUCAUGCUCAAUUUUCAACCAUUUGCCUUUUUCUUCAAUAGCUGAUUCCAGAACAAAUCAUUUCGUUUCCUAACUGUGAUUUGUAGAUUUCCUCUUUGCUAUUCAUUAUACAAUUAUAUGCUUGAUGAAAUAAAAGCACAUUGCUUCAUAUUCUUGAGGGACAGUACCGAUAGGUAUCUCCUCUGAAAAAGGCUUUCGUGGUUUCGUUUGUGCCAAAAAGAAAUGAUAUGGUCAAAAUGCUUACCACAGGGAGAUGACAGCUAUGUGGAAAAUGCCAUGAAAACCACUUUUGAAAGCCAAUUGCUUAAUCUUUAUACUACACUAUCAUUUUUAUUACAAUUACCCAAAUGUAACACAUUUAAGGAAAGAAUGCAUCCCAGAACACUUGACAGAUCAUUUACAUAAGUUCUGGCACCUUACUGACACAUUGCCCGUACGCAAGUAAAAGGAGGCCUCCAAUUUUUCCUUAAGAUACUUUUAAUAUGUUCAGGAUACAUUUCUCUCCCCUCCCUAAAUUUUAUUUCAUUCCAAAGCCUCUGGAGAAUAUAGUUCAGGAAAGUGAAAUUUUCUUACACAAGAGGCAAAUGAAUUUCAUGUGACAAAUUCUUUUAAAAUGUUUUCCUGCCUCAUUUCAGCAGGAUAGAUAAUUUAUUAUAUACCCUAAUCUUUUCUUGGAGGAAAAAACAUCCCAAAAGACUAACUUUAAUUUAAAAGAUAAUCAUAGCAGGAUGCUAAUAGAAAUACUGCCUUAUUGUACAUAAAAAUUCUACUUUAUUACGAACCCCCAAGUGUAACAAUGUAUUUUUGAAGACUAUUUUUCUAUCACUUAGGUAAAAUAAAAAAGACUAUUUUCUAUCUUCCCAGUACAUCUGUUUACGUAUUCAGUGGGCAUAGUGUUUUCUGCUACGAGGUUGUAGUAUUUACAGCACAUAGUUGUAUAUGCAGUUUCUGUUUGUGGAGUAAAAUGCCACACCAUCCCUAAAGCCAUGGGAAAUAUGAAGUGGGUGACAAAAUUCAGUUUCCAACACAUCAUUGUGUAGAUAAUCUGAUUCUGUUUACCUUCAGGAUACUUCACACAACAACCAGGAUCCCAUUCCAGGAGUUACUCCUCCCUGUCACCCCAUGAGGAAAGGGCUGGUCUGGGGUCUCAGAUCUUCUGUGGGGUGAAUCUUCAUGACAUUACCAUGAAAAAUAAGAGGGGUGACUUUUAACACUGUUUCAGAGAAAGAAGUUUGCUUUUGUUUUAUUUCUCUGAUAAAUUUUGGAAAGCAAAAAAUAUUUUAAACAAAGCCAGCAGUUAGUAUCUCUCUGGGGUAGAUCAGUUUGCAAAAUCUUGGCUGAGGUAGAAAUGUGCUCACAUGAGAAGAGUCCAAGUAAAAGUUCUAGGAAACCAGACAUCUGUAGAGCGAUAAGAACAGCUCCAAAGGUCAGGGUAUAAUAGUCAGACUCUCCAGGUCAGUUCCAAGGGCAGGCCUCUUGAGAGGGGUCCAAAGCUUGGAUCUUCAUUUAAAGGGAGCAAUUUAUCUACUGUACAAACUGCCUCCUUCUGUUUUUCAUUUUGCCUAUUGGCAAACCCACUGUCCAUAUCCAUUCACUAACGGGGCAUAAAGAACUUGACUCACCUCUGUGAGUAAAAUAUUCCACCUCAAAAAGCUCAUAGUGACAGGAAAUUGCCAAGUUCAUUCAGUCUCCCAGAUCCUCCAUUCUCAUGUGUCAGGACAAGCUGCAUUGCCAUGACCUGGGCAUUGUUUGUAAAUUCUGUUUGCGGAAUCUCAGGCCCCAACCAGAUCUUCAGAAUCAGAAUCUGCAUUUUACUGAAAUCUCCAGAUGAUUCAAGUGCACAUUGAAGUUGGAGAAGCACUACUUUAAUGACCAUUUCCACUAAAGGUUACUUUAGUACAUAGAAACAAUCCUGGCUUGGAAAAUUUAGCCAAAUCAGUUUGACUUGCAGUGAACAACACUGUACAUGAGGAGAAGGGAACAACAGCAAAACCUAGGAGGGAUUUAAGAGUCACAUCACAGAGAAUCCUAUGUGAGUUCUAGAUAAGAGAAUGGCCCAUAAAAUACACACAACUUCCUCGAGGGCCAGGGAAUACAGCCCACCUUCAGGAACACUGAGCAAAAAGACAGUGAUGUUCAAAGCCAACAUACACCUAAUCUUUCUUAGCAUAGUCCAUCCUUCAUUGAUCAAUUGAUUGAUUGAUAGGUAGAUAUCACCUUCAAAAACUUAUAAACAAUCCACUUCUGACAAACAAUUUUGCAGACAUGAAAAUAUGCUAUGCCUGGCUGGCGCCACGGCUCAAUAGACUAAUCCUCCGCCUUGUGGCGCCAGCACACCAGGUUCUAGUCCCAGUCAGGGCGCUGGAUUCUGUCCCGGUUGCCCCUCUUCCAGGACAGCUCUCUGCUGUGGCCAGGGAGUGCAGUGGAGGAUGGCCCAAGUGCUUGGGCCCUGCACCCCAUGGGAGACCAGGAGAAGCACCUGGCUCCUGCUUUCGGAUCAGUGCGGUGCGCCGGCAGCAGCGCGCCAUUCAUGGCGGCCAUUGGAGGGUGAACCAACGGCAAAGGAAAACCUUUCCCUCUGUCUCUCUCUCUCACUGUCCACUCUGCCUGUCAAAAAAAGAAAAGAAAAAGAAAAUAUGCUAUGCCUAAAAUCUUGAGCUAAAUUCUUAAAACACCAAUUUGUUACUCACUAAGAAAAACCAAGACUAUAAUUCCACGGUCAGUUAAAACUCUUUAUUUGAACUAGGUUUUUUUUUUUUUUUUUUUAAUGGUCCUACAUAUUUUCCACUAAAGAGACAGUUGCUUGAAUGAAAGAAUGUAUGCUAGAGAUCAAGAAAUCUGGGUUCUAGUUCUAGCUGUUUUUCCUUGGAUCCAUUCUCUUCUCUGAGUCUCAGCUUCCUCUGAAGAUGCUGGACAAAAUAAUCUCUAAGUUCAUUUUAAAUUCUGACUCCUUGUUUCCAUGACUCACUGAAUAUUUUCCUACAGAAAUAAUUAAAACCAAUGCCUUGUGUCUUAAUUCUGGUAUCAAAUAAUUGCUCUUCCUCAUGCAAAUGGGAAGCAAUCUUCAGUAAUGUGCUUGCCUCACUUCACUUUUUAAAUCCUCAGUUCUAAUUGGUCUUAAUAUAUUGCCCAUAGCUUUUAUCAGUUGUCUAGGUGCAAAAACUUAUUCUAAGAUGAUGUGCAUGUUCAUUCAUAGAGAAAAGAGGCAUACUGAACGAAACACUAAUCCUUAGAAAAAAAUGAUCUUUUGCUGAAUUAAGCCAUAUUCAUUCCUUUCUGAGUCUAACUGCUCCAAAUGUCUCCUCUUCUAUCUGGAUGUUGAUUUUUCCCCCCUCAUCACACAUUAUGAACAAAUAUUGUACAUUUGGCUUAUAGAGGUUGUUCUCUGAAUUUAAAAAGCAAAUUGUAUUUUUAUUUAAUAAAAAUACCGAAAUAGCCAAGUUACAUAGCACAUGUGAACUGGAUAAUAAUCGAGGUGUGAUUUAUGGAGGUUUAUGACUCAAACAACAAAGUGUUCUCUGAUCAGUUUUAACAAAGCACUUAAUAGGCAGACAGGUUAUUAUCAGCUAUGCCACUGACACUUAGUAGACUUUGCAUUCUUUGAAGUGCCUAAGACCAAUCCUGGUAGUUAAUUAUGUACUAAAGACUCUAGUUUUUAACUGCUUUCUUCUGAAAGGGUUGACCCCUUGCUGCCUACACAAGAUCAAAGUAGUUUGACUCUUGGUCCUAUGGUGACCCAACUGAACUGAAGAAUCCUGUGUGUUAAUGAGCAACUAGAGGGCCCUGAGUUCUGGUGAGCAGUUCAGUUUUGGGAAAAAAAAAAUCCAGUUCUUUCUUUCUUGAACUGCCCAUCCCCUCCUCCAACCCUCUGCUGUCCAUCACUUGCGGAAAAACUUGGUCCUACUUUAGCAACUUCCCUGUCUCCUUAGUGAAGAAACAGAUUUGUACACAUAUUACAAAGUGCCUUCCUUUGAUUUUUAAAAAAAAAAUUUCAAUGUUUUGUAAAAAAAAAAGUAUAUUUAUUAGAAUAGAAUUUCCCUUUUAUGUAACUGAAAGGAGAACCAAGGAGAGGUGGGGGCCAGAAAGAAAAUGACAGAAUAGUCCAAGGACCAGCUAGCUGGGGUUGUUCAUUGGGUUUUUAUAUAUUGUUUAAUUGUAAUACCACCAAGUUGAUGGGAAUAUAGUGUAAUUUACUUCUCCUCAUAAGAAAUUUGGUCUGGCUAUGAUUUGGGCAUAAACCUGCCACCUUAUAAUUCUACAGUCUUCACUUUGAAAUCUAGCGAUACCCUUUUGAAUGCCAAUGAACUGCCAGGGCUUGAAAAGCACAAUGCACACACAUUGGAACUUUGCACAGAGACUGGAAAAUAUUAAUGACUUCUAAUUACCUUUUCAACUGUUGUCAACAUAGAUUUUUCAUUGAUGAAAGCCUCACAUGUACUUCACUGAACAAAUUUACUUUUCUGAUUCAAGCAUGAUAGUGUCAUCAAUAAAAUAUCAUGUGCAGGUCUAAAUCAAAUCUCUACCACUAAACAGGCUAUUGUUAACUUGAAUGAGUCCUUAAAACUCUGACAACAAGUUUCCUCACCUGUUAAAAAAGUGAGUUGACCAAAAAUGUUCCUAAGGCCUCUUCCAGUUCUGUCUUUAAUUAUCGUGAUCAUAAAUAAAAUCCAGGCUUUCAGGUCAAGGCCCAUAUACAGUGCAAGCAAGUGUUGCUUACAUAGCCUUGACCUAAGCAGUGAACUCAUGAAACAGCAUGUCUGUAACAAUAUUUGUGAGAAAAACAAAGACAUGUCCCUCCAAGUCAAACUGAUUUAACUCUUCUUGCCUAGCCUUAGAUGCUCAGAAGCUUUUACUUCUUCUCUUCAGGGUCUAUUAUUUUUCCUAACGUUCAGUAGCAAAUAGAGCAUCUGCAAGAAAUGAAAUUAUUCAAAAACAAUGAUUUUGACCCUGCAAAGAAUGAAUAAAAUGUUAAACCAGCAGCACAUACAUCCAAGCCCAAGUUGAGGGUCCCAAAUACACCCCAUUUAGAGAUUUGCAUCUUGGAGAUUAGAGCCUUCUUUCAUUAAGUAUUAAACUAAUUCUAAGGUUGUUGAUAAAUCCAAGCUAUGCUAAUGAGUAGAUACUGGAGAUCUUAAGAGAAACUUCAAAAAUGCAGAAUGAUUACCACAAAGCUCGUGAUUUAAUCAGAAAUCUCUUUACAAUUACAACCUGGACUUAUUCCAUGAUUAGCAGAGUUGGGCUUAUCCCAUGAUUUGCAGUAUAUAUCAUCUGAAAAUCAAAUGUUUCUCUCCUCAGGCUUUCACUUUUCAGGAUGGUGAUUUUUGUUCUGGGUCCCUCACAGUAUCAAUAUUUAUGAAAGGAGAAAAAUAGAAAAUAGAAUGUUUUCAGGGGUUUUGACCAACUCAAGAUCACACAAAACAACAAGUAGCACACUAAGCACAUAUUUUGCUAGACAUGGCAAAAUCUACAAUCUAUUCGGUGUUCUGAGUUUAUGGUGAGAAGCUGUAUACAUCAUUCAUAGCACUCUAUGCCAACUUCCAUCUUGUGCAUAAUCAGUUCUGUGAUUUAUGCUCUACUUUCAAUUUGGAAAGCACUGAGGCUCCUAAUGCAGACAAACAUAUUCUGCUUAAUUGGUUGUUGUCAGUGAACAGGACUCUCAGAUAGUCUAUUAAUUAACAUUUUACCUGCUGCUGAUUGAAAUCAUAAAACUAAUACCUUUGACAAGUGAAGUAGCCAUUUAAAAAAUAACUUUUAAUAGUUCUAGCCAAAUUAAGCUUCAAUUGGAUAAACCUCAAAAUGAAGUCUUAAUUUUUGUGUGCACAUUUUUAAAUCCUGGGGCAGGGGGAGGAUUUCAAUUUCAUCAUGUUAUCUAAAAUCAAAAAAGUGUAUGGAAAAGAUACUUCUGAAAAAUAAUUUGUAUUAUAAAAUUCCUGAAAACAAUGUUUUUGAAUUUUGAAAGUAACUACCUCCCCUUAUGUCCUAACAUCCUUCCUUCAAAGCUGCUCAUAGUUUAGAAACAAAAAAGACUCAAGCUUUAACUUUUUUUGGCAGCAUAUCUGAUGUAUUCGCCAUGUGAUAUUCCUGACUUCAAAGUAACCAUUAUAUUAUUUUAUAUUAUAGUGGCUUUAUGCGGUUCAAAAACAACACAUACCACAUUGAAAUAUAUAAUCCUCAUGUUGAGAAGCUCACCAUGUAAUACCAAUGAAAACUAUUAUUUAAUUACUUAGAAUCUAUCCACAUAUAGUCUCUAUAUGAUUGUGUCUAUGUCUGUAAAACGAAAUUGAAGAAGUAUGUUAUCAUGUGUUUCUGUGAAAAUGGUGAAUGUACAAGUUUCUUUUCUUAGUCUUUGUCCAGAUGUAGUGUUAUAUUCCCGUGUACAGCUGAUCUGGGGUGUCAGAUGUUUAAUAAUCUCCAGCAAUUGUCUAAGCCAACCCCCUCAGCUUUGCUCCAAGUGGUCAGAAAUGCUUCAGAGUAUUAUUUGCAUCAUGAGGCUUGUUUUUGUGCUUCACCAUUCAUUUUGAACAAUGUAAAAUCUCAUGUGGAAACCAAAGUAAUCUAGAACCAGCCUCCUGAGUGAUUGUGUCUUCUGUAAAGCCAUAUUGCAGUGAAGAUGGUGUAGCAGCAUCAGCUUCCAUGUUUUCACAGCUACCACUACCUCUGCUUUUCCUCUGUUUCUAGCAAAUGCCAAGCAAAAUUCUUCUACACUAAGUAGGAAAUUAGAAGUGCUUGUCAGAAGAAGUCACUGGGGCUGUUAUUUGUUAGAAGUUCUAACUCACCACUUAGAAGGUUUGUGCUAGGUUUUCUGAGUAGCCAUUUUUAUAUAUUUACAUUUUAUAACACCUAGCUGACAAAUAAAUUUAGAAAGGACUUACAGGAAGUCAUCAGGUGAAAAACCAACACCACCAGUGAAUAUAGAUGUAUUCUUAAUGAUAAGUCACAUCAAGAUGGUUGUCCAAAGCCAUGAUAAUAAAUAUCAUUAUUGAAAAUACCCAGAUCAGUGCCUGCACAAGCAGAAUUUAUUUGUCUUGCCUACCUUUGCUCUGUUUGUUUUUUAAUGGAGAUGAACAGAAUAACAAGAGUAUGACUGAAGCAAUUUCCUUGCAUACUUUUUGCCACUAAAAUGUUUACAAUUUGAUUCUUCUAAUACUCCUAGAAAUAAAUCUCUUCCUAAUGUGAUUAUUUUUUAGCUGUCAAAUAUACUAGGCUAUGGGAAAAGUCAGCUAGGAAUAAUCUGGUUUUGAUUUUAAAAAUUCAUUUCUAUAUGUAGUUAUUAUAAUGCCCAUUUUUUUCCUUGCUAGCCUUACGGAAUGAUCUGAUUUGUUACAGUGCAUUUUCAUUCUGUAAAUCUUUGGUUACUGCACUUUGUGCUUUCAAUUUGCCAUGGGUUGAUUCAUUUGUCUCCUUCCAUUUUGAGGGAACAACAUGAAUAGGUAAAAUAGUAUGGGAGACAAUGUUCACUGCUAUUAUUAUAACAUCUUCAUUCUUACUGCAUGCCAAAGAUAAUGCUUGCCAAACAAAAUCUUAGGCAUCCCAAUAUAAUACGGCUAUUAUAAUUCUGUUCAUGUCAUUAUUGAAAAUACCCAGCUCAGCACUUGGCUCAAUAAAUGUUUAUUUCCCUUGCCUACCCUUCCUUCAUAUUUUUAUUUUGUUUGAAAUGUAAAUGAGCAGAAUAAUGUGUGUGGCUGAAGCAAUUUUCUUGAAGGUUUUUUUGCUUCUAAAAAAUUGAUAAUCAGGAAAUUCUUUAUAUAAGUUGGGUCAAAAUGGUUUUCCCCUUUAUCCUCACCCUUCUGUAUGAUCACAAGACAAAAUAUCUUUCCUUUACCUCAUGCCUUUCAUCUAAGAGGCUGCUAAAUAUAAAGUGAGAUGGAAAUAGGAGCAUGGGGAGCAAAUAAGAGAGGCUCACUUAAAUGUUGUGAAAUACAAGAAGGACCAACCCAGUUUUUAGAAGUGGAAUCUCUGAACAGUAUGAUUCAUCCAUAUUAUUAACAACAUCUUUUCUGACAAAAUCCAUCAGAGGAACUGGGAAUGAAUAACCUUUUCCUUUUAUUAUAUAGAGAUCUAGAAACCAUUCUUGUGCUGAGCAAUGAGAAUUAUCUAAUUAUAUUAUCUAAUGCCAUGUCCUACAGAAGAAUGAGAAAUUUCUUUUUCAAAUGAGUCUCAUGCUUUAAAAUUUGGCUUCAAAGAAACCCAGACCCUCCCAUGCUUCUAUUGGAGCCAUCCACCCUUAAUUCUUGGGCCUACUUGUAUUUUUAAGCUGCAAAAUUUGGAGUGUCAGUCACCACAGGAUGGAUACAAUUCAUGACAAGCUGGAGAAAUCAUAUGUAGCUGAUUUGCCAAAAGUAUUGCAUGUGAUUUCCUGAAAGAAAACAGAAAUUACAUAUUGCCACCCCUUGCCAGAAUCCUAUCUGAAACUUUAACUCAGACUCCCUACAAUCUGCUAAUCAACUUUAUGUAUUCUCAAUGCCCUCUACUUUUUAGGGACUAUGAAACAGAACUUCCAUAUAAUAGAAUCCUUGAAAUCUUUGGGUGAGAGAGGAGGGUGGGAGUAGGAAGGAGUAUAAACAAUAGGGUUACUGAAAAGUCCCCCCUCCCCAAAGACCUUCCUGGCCAGGAUGUGAAAAGAGCAAUUCUUGCUGGCUUGACCUGUGAAAGCCCCUCCAAACCAUGCAGAUGAACUGGAACCUGUUUUUGAUAUCACAAAAUGUAUUCCAUCCUGGCAGUCCUGACACCUAAGGAAUUCUUCCCUCUAUAGUCUCCUCCACCCAUCCCACAGUACCUCAACUCUGCUGCCCAUCCACACACUAGGCAUUUUUCUCUAGUUAUGAGUAGAUUCACAAUAAAACAUUUGCAUACAAAUUGACUCGAAGCACAGAUAUUUUUACGAAUGCGAUAAAAUAUUUUUUUAAGAAAAGGCUAGAGAAUGUCAGUCAAAUAAAACAUCAUGUGGAUGUUGGUUGGCAAACACUGGUAUAAGAAAUGGGAGCUCAGGAACUUUUAUUACUGUAUUUAUAAAUGUGUUUGAAAGAAUUUGUUAAUGCCACAGGUUUGUUUAUAAGAUGAUACAUUUGUUCCUUUUAAAGUAUUAAAUUACAAGAAGAGCUUAAAUGACAUUUGCCAGUAAUUGUACUUGAUGUGAUCAAUAUUGAUAUUACUGCUAAACUCUGUAACUUUAUGAUGCAUUUUUCAAUCCUUUUUCAGAGCAAAUGCUUUUGCAAUGGUAGCAAUGCUUAGUUUAAAUUGACUUAAUAAAUUAUUUCCUGAGCAACGGA